CGCGGCUGGAAAAUUGCGCAAACAUCGAUGCGCAGAACGAUCUAUAGGCUGUGUGUAUGUUGUGUGUGUGUGCUGCAGGAUCUCGUGACAUUUACUAGCUUGCCUUCUAUGAGUUAGGACGUUGCUCAAGUUUAAAAUCUCUACAAAUUAAAGUUACUAUAGCGCGAUGGUGUGGCAGAUAGUGGACAAUCGAAAUACCCUAGGACUUCCGCCUCCUAGAGGAUUGUACGAUCCUCAGUACGAGAGAGAAUCCUGCGGUGUUGGAUUUAUAGUCAGUAUCGAUGGAAUAUCGUCACAUAAACUAAUACGUGAUGCACAGUUUAUAUCUACACGAAUGGAGCACAGAGGUGCGUGUGCUUGCGAUAAUAGCACAGGUGAUGGAGCCGGUGUUACUACUUCCAUUCCUCAUGGAUUUUAUUCGAAAAUACUCAAGGAGCAACUUGGAAUUGUAUUACCAGAACCUGGAAAAUACGCUACUGGGAUAUUUUUCCUUGAUAGAAAAACAUCAUCUAAGGCAGAAAAACACUUCCAAUCACUGGCAGAACAGUUAAAAUUGAAGAUCUUGUGCUGGAGAGAUGUGCCAGUCGAUGACAGUAUUCUAGGUGAGGUUGCUAGAUCCACCGAGCCAUACAUGCGCCAGGUCUUCAUCACUGGACCAAAUAUGGAUUAUGAUAAAUUUAAAAGAGAGGUAUUUGUUCUAAGAAAAUAUGCCACUCAUCGCAUCCCUUCCGAAGAUAUUAGAUUCUACAUUUGUAGUCUUUCAGUACAGGUUGUGGUUUAUAAGGGUCAGCUGACAUCUACACAAUUAUGGAAAUAUUUUAAAGAUCUACUAAAUCCGAAAUUCGAAGCUUAUUUAGCAUUGGUACACGCACGUUUUUCAACUAACACAUUUCCUAGUUGGGAAAGAGCUCAUCCCAUGAGAAUGUUAGCUCACAAUGGAGAAAUUAAUACAUUAAGAGGAAAUGUCAAUCUUAUGAGAGCGAGAGAAGGGGUAAUGCAUAGCAAGCUUUACAGAGAAGAUUUAAAGAAGUUGUAUCCUGUUGUAGAACCAAACCAGUCCGAUUCAGGAUGUGUCGAUAACGUUUUAGAAUUUUUAGUAAUGGCGGGACAACGUUCUCUUCCAGAGGCUGUGAUGACGAUGGUUCCAGAAGCUUGGCAGAAUGACGAAUUAAUGAAUCAAGAAAAGAAACAAUUCUAUCAAUGGAGCGGAUGCGCUAUGGAGCCAUGGGAUGGUCCAGCACUACUCACAUUUACGGAUGGUAGAUACAUCGGAGCUGUUCUUGAUAGAAAUGGAUUGAGACCAUCACGUUACUAUUUAACUAGUGAUAAUUACAUGAUAAUGGCUAGCGAAGUUGGUGUACUCGAUGUCAAACCCGAGAACGUUAUCCAAAAACAUCGUUUAAAACCCGGGAGAUUACUUUUAGUAGAUACAGUAGAUAAAGUAAUCAUUCGUGAUGAGGAAUUAAAACUGCAUAUAGCACGUCAGAGGCCUUUAGAAAAUUGGUUAAAGGAGCUGAUGACACUCGACGAUUUACGUGAAGCUAAUAGACCGAAGAAGAUGAAUGACUUUAAUAACGUAACAAAUGAUCAUAUUAAUGGAGUGAAAUCUGUUUUAGAUGACAAAAGAUUGCCAUUGUUUGGAUAUACGAUUGAAACAAUCAAUUUGCUUUUAUUACCAAUGGUUAAUACCAAAAAAGAAGCUCUUGGCUCAAUGGGAAAUGACGCUCCUUUAGCGUGUCUAUCAAAAUGUCGACCAUUGCUUUAUGAUUACUUCAAACAAUUAUUUGCUCAAGUAACUAAUCCACCCAUUGAUCCGUUCAGAGAAAGAAUUGUGAUGUCCUUGGAAUGUCCAAUAGGUCCAGAAGCUAAUAUUUUAGAACCAAGUGCUGAACAAUGCCGUCGUCUGUGGUUAAAACAGCCUAUUCUUUCCUUGGAAGACAUGGAAGUGAUUAAAAACGUUUCUUAUAAAGGAUGGAAAACUAAAGUCAUAGAUAUGGUGUAUCCUAUAAAUAAAGGCAAAGAAGGUCUUUUACCUGCCAUAAAUCGAAUCUGCAACGAAGCGUGCAAAGCUGCUGAAAAUGGAUACACUUUACUUGUUCUUUCUGAUAAAAAAGCUGGAAACGAAAUGGUACCGAUAAUGGCAAAAAUGGGAAUAUCUACUCUCCAAAGUUAUAAAGGAGCGCAAAUAUUCGAAGCCAUUGGAUUAAGUAAAGAAGUGAUCGAUAAGUGCUUCAAGAAUACUCCAUCCAGAAUUGGUGGAGCCACCUUCCAGAUUUUGGCGGAGGAAACUCUACAGAGACAUCGUGCCGCUUAUAAUGACAAAGAAUACGAUAGUAUGAUAUUAAGAAAUCCUGGAUUUUAUCACUGGAGAAGUGGCGGUGAAGUUCACAUUAACCAUCCCGAUGCCAUUGCUUCACUUCAGGAUGCAUCAAAGAAUAACAGCCACGAAGCAUACGAAAAGUUUGUGGAAAGAACUAUGGAUUGCGUUCGUCAGUCCACUCUCAGAGGACAAUUUGAUCUCGUAUAUGCAGAAAAACCAAUCAAAAUUUCGGAAGUGGAAGAAGCUAGAUUCAUUGUUAGGCGGUUUGCAACCGGUGCUAUGAGUUUUGGUAGUAUAUCUAUUGAAGCUCACACAACUUUAGCUAUAGCUAUGAACAGGGUUGGAGCGAAAUCCAAUACUGGCGAAGGAGGAGAAGAUUCUGAUCGAUGGUUGAUCAAGCAGGAAAAUCAAAAUCGUAGAUCAGCAAUAAAACAGGUGGCUUCAGGGAGAUUCGGUGUUACUAGCGCUUAUUUAGCAAAUGCUGACGAAUUACAAAUUAAAAUGGCUCAAGGUGCAAAACCGGGAGAGGGAGGAGAAUUACCAGGACAUAAAGUAUCGUCGGAUAUUGCAAAGACACGUCAUUCUAUUCCGGGCGUUGGCCUCAUCAGUCCACCACCUCAUCACGAUAUAUAUUCUAUAGAAGAUUUGGCGGAGUUGAUCUAUGAUCUGAAAUGCGCUAAUCCUCAAGCCAGGAUAUCUGUUAAAUUGGUAUCAGAGAUGGGAGUUGGUGUAGUCGCCUCUGGAGUUGCCAAGGGCAAAGCAGAACAUAUUACAAUUUCCGGGCAUGAUGGAGGAACCGGUGCUAGCAGUUGGACUGGAAUUAAAGGUGCUGGAUUGCCUUGGGAAUUGGGUAUUGCUGAAACUCAUCAGACCUUAGUGCAAAAUGAUUUGAGAUCUAGAGUGGUUCUUCAAGCCGACGGGCAAAUUAGGACAGGAUUCGACGUAGUUGUGGCUGCCAUAUUAGGAGCAGACGAAUUUGGUUUUUCGACAUCGCCGCUGAUUGUUUUAGGUUGUACCAUGAUGCGUAAAUGUCAUCUAAAUACGUGCCCCGUUGGCAUUGCAACCCAAGAUCCAGAAUUAAGAAAGAAAUUUGCAGGCAAACCGGAACACGUCGUAAACUAUUUAUUUUUAUUAGCAGAAGAGGUGAGAAGUAUAAUGGCUAAAUUAGGUCUAAGACGUUUUCAAGAUUUGAUAGGUAGAACGGAUCUCCUUAAAGUAUAUAACAAUAAAACCAACCCUAAAGCAUCACUUCUAGAUUUUUCUGCCAUUUUGCUACCUGCCAAUUCACUCCGACCAGAUGCUUGUACAGUUGGUGGAAGUAUUCGACAAGAUUUUCAACUAGAGAAGCGCCUUGAAAAUUUAGUAAUAAAACAAUCAAUGGACGUUCUUGAGAAAAAAAGAAGUAACGUCACCAUACAUAUGGAUAUUACGAACGAAGACAGGUGUUUCGGUUCCACGCUAAGCUAUUAUAUUGUUAUGAAACAUGGUGAACAAGGUUUACCAAAGGAUAGUAUCCGAAUUAAACUAGAAGGAUCAGCUGGUCAAAGUUUUUGUGCCUUUUUAGCUCACGGGGUCAAUGUAGAAUUGGAAGGAGAUGCAAACGAUUAUGUCGGAAAAGGCCUUUCGGGUGGAGAAGUUGUUAUUUAUCCUCCAUCUGAUCAUCCUAAGAAAUUUAAAUCUGAGCAAAAUGUAAUUGUUGGUAAUGUUUGUUUGUAUGGUGCUACUUCUGGCAGAGCAUAUUUUAGAGGUAUCGCUGCUGAGAGAUUUUGCGUCAGAAAUUCGGGUGCCAUAGCAGUUGUUGAGGGUGUUGGGGAUCAUUGCUGUGAAUAUAUGACGGGAGGAUGUGUUGUUGUUUUAGGGAAAACCGGAAGGAAUUUUGCUGCUGGAAUGUCUGGUGGGAUAGCUUACGUUUACGAUAUAGAAAAGAAUUUUGAUAAUCUCUGCAAUAAAAUGAUGGUGGAUCUCCUCCCAUUGGAACAUAAAGAUGAUCUUCAAUUAGUGGAAAGUCUGUUAAACGAAUUUUUAGAGAAAACUGGUUCAGAUAAAGCCUCAGAUAUAUUAAGAGAUUGGCCAAAAUUAGCGCAAUAUUUUGUUAAAGUAUUUCCUAAGGAAUAUCAAAGAGCAUUGAGGCAGAUGAAGAAUGAAAAUACGUCAAACGAAAUUCCAAAAACAUCUUUACACAACGGGCCAAUAGAUCCGAAUGAAGUUGCUAAAAAGAGUGUAGCAGAUAUCGAAGACACGGUGACGGAUGUAGUUAAACAGAAAAAACAGAUAGAAAAACUAGAUAAAAUGAGAGGUUUUAUGAAGUAUAAAAGAGAAAAGGGAGUUUAUCGACCUGUUGCGCAAAGAGUAAAAGAUUGGAAAGAAGUUUAUAAUCACGCAGAGGUUAGAAAAACAAUAAAAAUUCAAGCUGCCAGAUGCAUGGAGUGUGGUGUUCCAUUUUGCCAAUCCAGUAACGGUUGUCCUUUGGGUAAUCUCAUACCCAAAUGGAACGAUUUGGUAUUUAAUGAAGAUUGGCGAAAUGCACUCAAUCAACUCCUUCAAACAAACAAUUUUCCGGAAUUCACAGGAAGAGUGUGUCCUGCACCGUGUGAGGGAGCUUGCGUGCUGGGUAUAAACGAACCUUCAGUUAAUAUCAAAAAUAUUGAAUGCGCUAUUAUAGAUAACGCUUUUGAGAAAGGAUGGAUUAAACCGAACCCUCCGAAAUUCAGAACAGGAAAGAAAGUAGCAGUAGUGGGUAGUGGACCAUCUGGACUUGCUGCAGCUGCACAACUAAAUAAGGCCGGACACACGGUGGUGGUUUUUGAGAGGAACGAUCGUAUUGGUGGUUUAUUACAAUAUGGCAUACCAACCAUGAAAUUAGGGAAGGACGUUGUGAAGAGGCGUGUAGAUUUAAUGGCAGCCGAAGGUAUCACAUUCCGUACUAAUUCCGAUGUUGGAAAAGACAUUUCUGCUAAAGAACUCCUUCGAGAUUACGAUGCCAUCUUAAUGGCUAUAGGUUCCACUUGGCCUCGAGAUCUUCCAAUACCUGGCCGUCAUCUGUCCGGUAUAUACUUCGCUAUGACUUUCCUAGAAACUUGGCAAAAGAAGCAAAUGGGCAAAGAUAUAGAUCACUUGAGACUUUCUGCUUAUAAUAAAGACGUUUUGGUUAUCGGUGGUGGCGAUACAGGAGUUGACUGUAUGGCUACAGCUUUGCGCCAGGGUGCAAGAAAUAUUGUAACAUUCGAAAUCUUACCGGAACCACCAGAAAAUCGAGCCAACAACAAUCCUUGGCCUCAGUGGCCCAAAGUAUUCAGGGUGGAUUACGGUCACGAAGAAGUGAAAUUGAAAUUCGGAAACGAUCCUAGGCACUACUGUAUUUUGAGUAAGGAGUUCGUGGAUGAUGGUAAAGGAGGUGUAGCUGGUGUGAAAACAGUUAAAGUUAAAUGGGAAAAAGAUGCAAGUGGGCGUUGGAUCAUGAACGAGAUACCCGAUUCCCAAAAAAUAUUUAAGGCCGACUUAAUUCUUCUCGCUAUGGGUUUCCUCGGUCCCGAAAAGUACUUAAUGGAAGACAUGAAACUGGAACAAGAUCCACGUUCCAAUAUAAAGACCUCGCACGGAAAGUAUAGCUCAUCUGUAUCACGUGUAUACGCAGCAGGAGAUUGUCACCGUGGCCAGUCGCUAGUGGUCCACGCCAUUAACGAAGGGAGAUCAGCAGCUCGCGAAAUAGACCAAGAUCUAAUGGGCGAAUCCUCUUUAGCAGGACCUGGUGGUUUAAUUCCGUAUACAUUAUCCCAAACUUGCCAGGUAGCAGUUGGAAGUUAAUUCUACAUCUUAGUGCAAAUCGUCAGCAAAUAUGCCCCUUAGACUAGAAGCACACUUUUAAUGAAUAGGAUCCUAUUGUAUAUCUUUUAUUCUUUCUCUCUAAAGUAAGUGUCCUGUUCCGACACGAAUUUUGCGACCACUACAGGUCGCAUAGAGAGUCUUCCAAUUUGGUGCCCAGGUUGCGUAUCUAAAGAAAAUGAAACACAAAAAAAAAAAAAACACACAAAAAGAAGUUAUGUUCAUCUCUUCGACAAUAUUGUCGUGUUGUUGAACUUUUAAUUUGAUAGAGUUCAAAAUAUUUUUAUGUAGGACAUCACGGUUGCCUUUUAAACAAAAAA